GAAAAAGAAGAACCUUCAACUUGAACACAACAGGAGAAGAAGAAAGAACAAGACGAGGACGAUCAGGAUGACCAAAGCAGCAACAACGAAGGUUUCCAGAAGGAGCGAAGACGAAGCUCGGGAUCCGAGAGGCAGAAGCAGCGACAGGCCUUUGCACACGACGCGGCUGAUGGCCAGCACCAGGAGCGCGGUCAUCCUCGCCAUCCUCUACUCCGCCGGGCUCCACCACUUCUUACUGCCGAGACUGACGGCGGACGGGGCCGAAGACGAACAGAAGCUGCUCUCUCUGCCGGUCUUGCCGCUCCGACACUCGGCCUGGCCCGGCGCUCUGGCCCUCAUCGUCUACGAAUCCCUGCUCAUCUACUCCCAUCACUCCCCAUCCCUGCUCUCCGCCUUGGGCCUCUGCUUGCAUCUCCUCAAGCUCCCUCUUCUCGCAACCGUUUAUAGAUACUUCAGGCUCGGAUUCUCGGCCGAUAUCUGUCGCUCAUUGGGCUUCGACAUGCUCAACUACCUCGGCCAACUCCUCCUCUUCCAUCUCCUCUCCCCCUCUUCUCCUCCAAACCCCAAAACUGUAACAACAACAACAACAACAAGAAUAAGCAAGGAGAAGACCAGUUUGCGACUCGAUCGAAAUGAAGCCUCAAGUCAAACUCAAGAAGAAGAAGAAGAAGAAGAAGAAAUGGUAGUGUUGUUGAAUGAUCCGAAGCAGGGAGGAGAGGAGACGCGUAACUCGAUGGUCAUCAGUCUGCUCUCCUACACACUCAUCUCGCUCAUCGAUGGCCUCAUCUCCUUCUUCAUCGAACGCCCGCUCAACCAGCGCAUCCACGCCGACCUGGACGACCAGCUCUCCAAACAAACCCUCGACCAAUACUUCCUCCUCCAACCGUCGAAGAUCAAGGGUCCGACGGAGAUCUUGCGGUUGUUGAGGAGCCGACGGAUGGGCGACCAUCAAGCGCAAGCCCUGCUCGUCAACAUGCCCUACAUCUUCAGUGCGGCCGGAUGGGCCAGUCUGCCCUCGGACUUCCUCCUACUCGACCGCCUGCCGUUGCUCUCGAUCCACUCCAAAUCGCUCUGGCUGCUCGCACUCGUCGCUCGGAGACUCGUGUACUCCGCCGUCUCUUGCUUCUUCAAAUCUUGAUCAUCCUUCUCCCCCCCUUUCUCCUCGUCCUGGCUGUUAACCUUGGGGCUUUCUAAUUGAGUAGAGGUGUGUGUUGGGUGGUUCUGCUUCCUUGAGAUUUGUGUAUAUGUUGAUUUGUAACUAAACACAAAGAAAAAUAUAAUAGACAGACAAACGUUAAAAAGAUUCUAGUUUAGUAAGAUCUAGUUGGUAAUGUAUCCAACCAUUCCAAAAGAAACCUCCUAAUUAUAAUAUUGAUGUACACUUUCAAUCCCCCUUUCUUACCCUUACUUCUUCUCUCCCAUCUUUGUCAAAGAAGCUUUUCAGUUUCUUCUUUGUCAUCAUGAUUAUUAUCACGAUUCCAAAACAAGAACGGUCUCAAGAUAUGUUAAGUAGUUGUAGACAUGUAAAUAAACAUUAUCGACUUACAUAUUCUAAAUCAAUUGAUCAAGAAGAU